AUGGAAACUUUGAUUUGUUUUCGUAUUCCGUCCAUGGGUUUUCUGUUGCUUGUGUCCCUAGGUUUACUGUCGCUUGCGUCCAUUGGUUAUCUGGCUGUUGCUGCCAUUGGUACUUGGUGCAACCCUGCCAUUGGUUAUGUGGCUCUUCCUGCGGUCGGUAUUCGGUCCCUUGCGUUCAUUGGUUAUGUGGCUCCUGCUGCCAUUGAUGUUCGGUCUGUUGUGUCCAUUGGUUGUCUGGCUACUGCUGCCAUUGAUGUUCAGUCUGUUGUGUCCAUUGGUUGUCUAGUUGCUGCUACCAUUGUUGUUCAGUCUGUUGUGUCCAUUGGUUGUCUGGUUGCUGCUGCCAUUGUUGUUCUGUAUGUUGCGUCCAUUGGUUCUCUGGCUCAUUCUGCCAUUGGUUUUCGGUCGCUUGCGUCGGUUCCUCUUCUUUCGCUUUUGUCCCACUCCCUGAUGCCCCAAAAACCAACAGAAGAAGAAGAAGCACGAGAGAAACAAAAACAGGAGCGACGAGAGAAGCAAGAAUCUUAUGAAAAAACAAGUGAUACUUUGAGCAAGGAGAGUAGUAAAAUAAGGGUAAAACUGGUAUUAACAAAAGAUGAGCUACAGUGGCUGCUGCUUCAGUUGAAGAAGAAUGAAGGAAGGAAACUGGAAGAAAUGUUGGGGGAGAUUGAAAAGAGUAGAGUAACAGGGGAAAGUGUUACAAAGUGGAAACCUCGUUUAGAAAGCAUCAUGGAGAGUCCAGAAGUUCAUCAUCACAUGGAAAGAUCGUCAUCACCAUGA